AUGAGGCGUGUAGCUGGUGAUGCCCCCCAGCCUUCGUUCCUGCGCCUUCAAACCCGCCCAAAGCCGAAGCUGUGCAAACCGGCAGCAAAACCAAGGAAACAAAACUUGCAACCUCUGCCCCAGCGAACCCCCGAGUACGCAACAGCAGUCAGCAGUGCGAUGGCAAGAGAAGGGUUCGCCGCGGCGGAUGGUGGCCGGGUGCACAACUACAGCGAAGGCAUGACGGUCUCCGUCGCGGCCAUCUGCCUCAUGGCCGCGUCCUGCGGCCUCAUCUACGGCUACGAAGUUGGCGUCGCAGGUGGUGUGACACAAAUGGAGUCGUUCCUGAAGAAGUUCUUCCCAGCAGUGCUUAGCGGGAUGAAAAGCGCAAAUCACGAUGCCUACUGCAAGUAUGACAAUCAGCUUCUUACGGCGUUCACAUCAUCGAUGUACAUUGCAAGCUCGCUGUCAUCAUUAGCAGCAAGCCGUGUAACGAGAAGCGUAGGUCGCCAAGCCAUCAUGCUGAUUGGUGGCGCCUUAUUUCUUGUCGGCUCUAUCGUCAAUGCUGGGGCCGUCAAUGUUGCUAUGCUCAUAAUUGGCCAGAUGCUGCUCGGCUUUGGUGUUGGCUCCACUUCGCAGGCGGCUCCACUGUAUCUCGCCGAGGCAUCACCGGCAAGGUGGCGCGGAGCGUUCACCAUGGCCUACCACAUUUUCCUUUGCACCGGCUCAGUGGUCGCCAACGUUGUCAACUACUUCACAAAUGGUAUCCCUGACUGGGGCUGGCGCAUCUCACUGGGCAUCGCAGCCGUUCCAGCCAUCAUCGUCGUGGUGGGUGCCCUUUUGGUAAUGGACACCCCCAGUAGCCUUGUCCUACGUGGUCAGCUGGAUAAGGCCCGUGCGUCACUCCAGCGCAUCCGUGGCUCCAACGUCAACAUCGAAGCCGAGUUUAGGGACAUUGUUUGUGCUGUCGAUGAGGCACGCCGGAACGAGGAGGGCGCGUUCAAGAGGCUACGCAACAAGGGGUACCGACCUUACGCGGUGAUGAUGGUGGCCAUACCUGUGUUCUUCCAGUUCACGGGCAUGGUCGUCGUCUUCGUCUUCGCGCCGGUGCUGUUCCGGACGGUAGGGUUCGGCAGCCAGAAGGCGAUCCUAGGUUCUGUGAUAAUUAACCUUGUGACCUUAUGCGCCGUCGUCACAUCAACCUUCGUCGUGGACUGCUACGGCCGCAGGUUCUUGUUCCUUGCAGGUGGUAUCAGCAUGAUCCUUUUCCAGGUGGCUGUGUCAUGGUUACUCGCGGAGCACCUCGGGAAGAAUCACAACGCGGUAGCGACGGUGGCGCGGAACUACGCGGCGGCCGUGCUGGUGCUCCUGUGCCUCUACACCUUCAGCUUGGGCUUGUCGUGGGACCCGCUCAAGUGGGUGAUUUUGAGCGAGAUCCACCCCGUGGAUACUCGGUCCGUGGGGCAGGCCAUCUCCAUGUCCAUCGCCUUCGUGCUCUACUUCGUGCAGACGCAGGUGUUCACGGCCAUGCUCUGCCACCUCAAGUACGCGAUAUUCCUCUUCUACGCCGGCUGGGUCGUGGCCAUGACGGCUUUUGUCGCGGCGUUCCUGCCGGAGACCAAAGGCGUGCCGCUGGAGGCCAUGCGAGCGGUAUGGGCACGGCACUGGUAUUGGAGGAGGUUUGUCCAGGAAGCCAAUUAGGAGGUUCGAGUACGUGAUCAUUAACUGUCGAUCAUAUUGCUGCCAGUUGAUCUAAUCGGUGUGUAAAAUAAUCCAGGGAAAUGAUGACUAGUAUGCAUGCAAUCUCUGUACUAGUUCAAUUCUGCAAAUUAAGUUUAAUCUGCUUGUGUCGCGAGCUGCAAAUUUAGUAUAGAACCCUAUGAUCUUCUAAGUAACAAUCUAAUUCACAGACUGUUGCAAGCGAACAUCUAUAUUUAGCAAGCCCAAGCUGGAAAAGGAUGCAAGCUCUACCC